ACAUGUUCGCCGUGUUGUCUCUGCCACCGUUGACUCAUCACCUAGUCGGAGAUGGCUUCUGACGAAUACUAAAUAUGACAUUUAGUCUUCCCAGGUCACAAUGAUUUACAGCAUCUAUACUUCCCGGAGUCAGAUGUUCUCAGGCUGCGAAGAUGACAUUACUAUCCGCCCAGAAUGGUGGAAGAUAGGUGAGCUUUCAUGCUGAUGUCAACCCAACGAAAAUCGAUGAUCACCGGGAAUGCAGGGAUCCUCAUAACUCGCGGAAGCACCGUAAUUUCUGACCUCAUAGUCCUGGCUGUGACUGUGUGCCAUGUAGCUCCCAAAUCGUGGUCGUUGUUGAGAGCGGCACGCCGCAGACAGCCAUUUGCACACAUAUUGCUCGGAGAUGGACUCUUGUAUUUUGCGACAUUGACAAUGCUGAGCAUGAUUGAGAUGACGACGGGGAUCGGGUGGUUGAACAUUGUCACCUUCCUCUCGUCGAUGUCGACAGUAUUCGUCUCUCGCUUCAUCUUGGACCUCCGUGCGUGUGCGGCUUUGUCUGUUGUAGAUCUGGGCUCAACAGAGAGCCUCGCCCUCGGGGAGUCCAUAUCGAGCUCAUUGGUCUUCGCGGAGUUCUCUUAUGUCACACCUAUGGAACCCCCGGAUGCGACGCUGGAUGAGCUCGAAGAUGACGGCGAUGCUGACGACGACGAGCGUACGUCCGACAUUGGGUCGGGUUCUUGUCAUGACGAGGCCCUUUCGGAGCGUCGAGGAAUGGAGUCACGGAAAAUAUAGUAGUAGCACGAGGGGGUGCGGCACCAUACUAGAGGCGUCUGCAACCUCUGAGCCGUGCUCGGAUUGAUAGCUAUUCAAGUUGGAUAGAAAAAUUCGAAAUGCUAAAGCUGACCAUUAUUGACACCUAGAA